GGAGCCUCUAGGUUAGAGUGUCCCAGGCACACCAGCGGCAGCUGGGGCUGGCGCACACAAAGCAUGAGGAAGGCCAGGCUCCAGGAACUUCUCUGGAUGCUCUUCAUCUCAGAACUCCAAGCUGCAACUGAACCACAUGAAGAAAAGUAUGUCUUAGCAGCAGGAGAGACCCUGAAUGUACAAUGUCCCUUCUCCAUCCAGAAGUAUGCCUAUAGCCAGAAAGCUUGGCAGAGGCUGAUGGAUAGAGCGGAGCCCCUGACACUGGUUUUCACAACGAGUGUUUCAGGGAGUCCCAGUCAAGUCCGGAUGGGCAGGUACUUCUUAGAAGACAACCCCAGUGAGGCCAUGCUGAAUGUCCAAAUGACCAAUCUUCAAGUGGAGGAUUCAGGACUGUAUCGGUGUGUGAUCUACCAUCCUCCCAAGGACCCUGACAUCCUGUCCCCCCUUGUCCGCCUGGUGGUGAUUAAGGAUCCUUUAGGCACCACUGUCUCAGACAAGAAUCCUACUCGGAACUUGGCUCGGAUUUCCACCCUUCCUCCUACCACCACCAAGGCCCAGAGCACACUCCUCAAGAGGCCCAAGACUGUGACCCAACUCUUACCCAAAUCAACUGCUGACAUCUCCUCUCCUGGCUUGGGAGUCAACAUCACAAAUGCGACGGAUGUCACGAGCUAUGGUUUCAGGGUUCCCAUGAUCAACAUCGUCAUUCUCGUGCUGUGUGGACUCCUGAGCAAGAGCCUGGUCUUCACUGUCUUGCUUGCCGUCACGCAGAGGUCAUUUGGACCUUAGGCCAGUGAAGCCAUAAGCAUGACCUCUGACCUCCAGCCACAUCCCUCUGGCAGUUGUCCUGGGGGAGGAGUGUGAGGGGGAAAGGAAGGAGGGGCAGUGACGUGAGUUGAAUCUGCAGCACAGAUUCUUUCUAAGGCUCAUGUCCCACCUUCUCAGCCCUGCCAGCUCCCCUCAUUUACACCAGUGACCGUGGGUGUGUGUUUUGCCCCCUCAGAAGAGAAGAUACAGCUGCAAACAUGCCCAUUCCACCCGUGGCUCGGGAUUUGCCUUAAAUAAAGACAGAGUCCAAUGCUCUUCACUGUUGCUGUCUUAUGGAGGUUGUGAGGUACCGAGGACACCCCCGCUAAUUCUGCCCUUGUUCUUGCCCUGGGCCAUAAUGGUUUAGCCUGAUCUGGACAGAGCUCUUACUACACAAGCAUUCUGUUCUCCCUGCUCCUAGGCCUUUCUCUCCUCUAGAAUCAGAUGUUUGGGUUUCUCUCUUCAUCUGUGGCCCUCUCCUACCUUCCCAGAGAAGGGGUUUGAAAUCCACAGAAUGAGGAGAAAACAAGACACCAUGGUGAGAAUACCAUAUUUGGGGAAGAGAAACCAAGUUAACCAAAAGGUUGUAUCCUGGGAAAAUCCUGGAUGAGAUGAGAUCCAAGGCACAGGACUGAUAGAGAAUCUCAUUUGUCAAUCAUGUGCAUUACCAGGGGUACAUCUUACCCCUGGGUCCUCAGAACAUACCCAUGUAAACCAAGAAGUAUGCAGCUAGAAACAUACCUCAGCAGAAUAAAGGCCUUAUAUAAAAACCCCGGAGCUAACAUCAUCCUCAACGGGGGAAAACUGAGAGCUUUUCCCUUAAGGUCAGGAACAAGACAACGAUGUCCACUCUCCCCACAUUUAUUCAACUUCAUACUGGAAGUCCUAGCUGCAGAAAUCAGACAACAAAAAGAAAUAAAAGGCAUCCAAAUUGGUAAGGAAAAAGUCAAACUUUCACUAUGUGUAGAUGACAUGACACUCUAUAUAGAAAACCCUAAAGACUCCACCAAAAACCUGCUAGAACUGAUAAAUGAAUUCAGUAAAGUCCCAGAAUACAAAAUCAAUGUACAGAAAUCCAUUGCAUUCCUAUACACUAAUAAAGAAGCAGUAGAAAGAGAAAUUAAGAAAACAAUCCCAUUUACAAUUGCACCAAAAAUAAUAAGGUCCCUAGGAAAAAACUUAACCUAAGGGGUGAAAAACCUAUACUCUAGAAACUAUAAAACAUUGAUGAAAGAAAUUGCAGAUGACACAAAGAAAUGGAAAGACAUUCCAUGCUCAUGGACUGGGAGAACAAAUACUGUUAAAAUUCCUGUAUUACCCAAAGCAAUCUUCAGAUUUCAUGUAAUCCCUACCAAAAUACCAACAGCAUUUUUCAUAGAACCAGAACAAACAAUCCUAAAAUUUGUAUGGAACCACAAAACGACCCUGAAUAGCCAAAGCAAUCUUGAAAGAGAAAAACAAAACUGGACACAUCACAACUUUGAACUUCACGUUAUAUUACAAAGCUGUAGUAAUCAAAACUGUAUGGUAUUGGCACAGAAACAGACCCAUAGAUCAAUGGAAAAAAACAGAAAGCCCAGAAAUAAACCUACAAUUAUAUGGUCAAUUAAUCUUUGAAAAAGGAGGCAAGAAUAUGCAAUGGGAAAAAGACAGUUCCUUCAACAAAUGGUGUUGGGAAAACCGGACAGUAACA